CGCUGGACUGUCCGGAGCGGCUAGCGCAAAAGUCACAACAGCUUAUUGAUCAAGUUCGCCUCUGUUUCUCCGAUCUGUAAACACAUGGGGGAGUAGCCGAAACUAUUAAAGAGCUGUCUUUUCAUCACUUUAGGCUGGACCAUCGUGACAUUUAAACUAACUUUCCCAGGGCUUGAACAGAUCCAGUGGCUAAUGCUAGCUAAUUUCCGCUGCGGAGUGACUGGGUUUGAGCGGCAUAUGCUAUCGCUGCGUACAGGACAUCAACAUCAACAUGAUCACGGCGUGUUAGCGGGGCUUUGGGACGGGGAAUGCACGCAUGACAAGCAGACGGCAUCGUAACACUUAAUGACGGAGCUGUCUGGAUGGGGAGACACGCUUGUUUCACGUAGCAAAGACAAAAAGUGGGAACCGCGUUAGCAAAACAAGAGCUAUAGAGUCAGCUGACAGUGUACAGCCCAGCCAACAACAGCCCAGUGAUGGAUCAGCUGAAAGUGAAGGACCGCAUACUGGAAAACAUCUCUUUGUCUGUCAAAAAGUUGCAGAGUUACUUCGCGGCCUGUGAAGAUGAGACUCCUGCGAUACGGAAUCACGACCGUGUCCUCCAGAGAUUGUGUGAACACAUUGACCAUGCUCUGCUUUACGGCCUCCAGGACAUUUCCUCGGGAUACUGGGUCCUCGUCCUUCACUUCACCCGGAGAGAGGCCGUGAGGCAGAUAGAGGAGCUCCAGCACAUCGCCACCAACCUCGGCAGAAGUCGUGCAUGGCUGUACUUGGCACUGAGUGAAAGCUCUCUAGAAAGCUACCUGCGUCUCUUCCAGGAGAACCAGGCUUUACUACACAAGUAUUAUUUCAAGAAUGCCCUGGUGUGCAGCGAUGACCACCUGGCCCUGUUCCUUACUCUGGUAUCUGGACUGGAGUUUAUCCGCUUCAACCUGGAGCUGGAUGUCCCGUACCUGGAUGUGGCUCCGUACAUGCCUGAGUACUACAAACCACAUAACCUGCUGGACUUUGAGGAGAGACUUCCCAGCUCAGACAGCAUCUCUUUGCACUCCUUCACUUCACUCAAUUCCACUAAUUUAGAGUGGGACGACAGCGCCAUCGCCCCCUCCAGUGAAGAUUAUGAUUUUGCUGACAUCUUCCCCGUGUUGCAGUCAUUGCCAAGUGCAGACUGGGAAGAAGGUGAUCUGACAGACCAGGCUAGCUGCCCUCACUCCGGAGGAUCAGACCCUCAGACCGUCGUCAGUGAUACUGUGGUGGUCUCCUCAUGUGUAGUCAAAUCUGGGACGCAUCCUUCUCCUCACAGCCCCACAUCCAGACAUAACCCCUUCAAUGAAGACUCAGACACGACCACCAACACCUCUGUAGAUGUCACCCCUGUACACGUGCCCAGCCGUCAGAACAGCACAGCCCACGAGGAUGAUACAGACAUCAAUAGCAACGAGCUGGAGGUCAUCAGGAUGGCCAGAAGAAGAAAACCAGCCAAGAAGCGCAGAGGAAAAGGCUCCACAGACUCCAGCAGUAGCAUCCAUAACUCUGUGUCCUCUGAGAACAUGGAGCUGGGCCUCCAGGACAGCACAGACUGCACCAUGGACAGUGAAGGAGAGAGGAGGAGCAGAGCAGGAACUGAGCUUCGGGAGGAUGAGGAGCUACUGCGAUUGCCAAAGAUGGCGGAUACCUCCAUGGACAGUGUGGGACAGCCUCUGCGUGAUGUUAUGGACAGGCUCAAUGGGGCUCUGGAUCAGGAUGAGAGCUGGGAGCACUUGGAGGAGGACCAGGCUGACUCAGGGCGUGCGGUGGAGCCCACAUCGCAGCAGCCCUUUCUGGAGGAUUCAGCGGGCGAGCCCCCUGACCCACACCUUGGAGAUUCCACCACAAGCCCUCUUACGAGCCCCUAUCUCCAGACUUUCACUGAACCUUCAGAGGAGAGCUUCUCUGCCCCCCACAGUCCAGAGUCUGCUCCCAGCGGUGGUGGCAGCCAUGACACUUCACAGCAAAGCGAGCCACAGACUGUUCAAGGUGGCCAUGAAGAUGAAGGAGCGGCAAAAGGGGGAGAGGGAGAAGGACCGGGGCUCCAGUUGAACCAGGAGGCAACCAGUGAAGAAAGAGAUGGACAGGCAGAGCAGCAGCUGAGCCCCUCUGAGGUGACACAUCCAGCGGAGUUUAAAGUUGACAACAACCACUUGCUCUUACUGAUGAUCCAUGUGUUCAGAGAAAAUGAAGAGCAGCUGUUUAAGAUGGUGAGGAUGAGUACUGGUCACAUGGAGGGAGACCUGCAGCCCCUCUUCUUGCUCCUCACUGACUGUUACAUCUACCUGCUCCGAAAGGGUGCAGCAGAGAAGCCAUAUACAGUUGAAGAUGCUGUUUCAUACAACGAGCUAGAUUAUAUUUCUGUGGGUCUAGAUCAACAAACAAUGACUUUGGUUUGUAUGAACAGAAGAAGAAAGUUUCUCUUGGACACAGCUGAUGCUUCUCUCACUAUCUGGCUGUUAUCAGUACUGAAGUCGUCCAUGGUGAAGGGAUGCCGAGAGCCCCCGUACCCCGCUGUGCUGACUGACGCCACCAUGGAAAAACUGGCUCUGACAAAGUUUGUGGCUCAGGAGUCUCACUGCGAGGUGGCGGAGGUAUGCAUCCACCUGUAUUCUCUGGUCCACUGGGAAGACCCCUUGGACACCUGCCUGUCCCCCCUCCAGUCCCCCGGUUCCAGAUCCUCCACCAGCAUCAAAGAGGGCACAGUGCAGUACAAGGCUGGCACCACCUAUCUGGGUAAAGAGCUGUGGAAGAGCUGCUACCUCGUUCUCAGCAAUGGGGUUCUUUAUCUGUACUCUGAGAAGAACGACUUGACCCCUCUGCAGUCUGUGACCAUGGGAGGGGAACACUGUGGAGGCUGCCGGCGGUCUAACAGCACCGAGCGCCCUCAUGCAUUCCAGGUUAUACUGACAGAGCGCCCCCCGCUGGAGCUCAGUGCCAGUAAUGAGCAAGACAUGGCUGAGUGGAUGCAGCUGCUCUGCCAGUCUGUGUCCAAAGGGGUGAUUCCUCAGGGAGUUGCCCCCACCCCCUGUAUCCCCUGUUGUUUGGUGCUCACAGACCAGAAGCUGCUGACGUGUCAUCAGGACUGUCAGACCAGCUUCUUCCGCUCUCUGGGCAGUGCUGAGCUCUGCGACGUCAAAGCGGUCAGCCUAGAGGCCAACAAAGAGUACUGCGUCAUUGAAUUUGCUGCAGAUCGGAGCCAGUUUCUCCCUUCCUGGGUUUUGUACUUCAGUGGUUGUGAGGAGAGAGAUCGUCUGCUUCAAACUCUCAACAAGGCCUGGAAAGACAUUUACCAGGUGGACCUUCCGCAGACAGUGCUCUCAGACCUGUCAGUUCAGAAGCGCUGUGGCGAGGCUCUGGCCCUGAUGAAGAGUGCGUGGCAGAGGGCAGACAGUCUGGCCCGGGGCAGAGCUCAGAGAGAACCAUGGUGCUGACCUGCUCCUCUCAUCACCUCUCAGUCAAAGCGUGCUCAUACAACAGUGUUUUAAGUGGAAACGGAAGUCACAAACAGGACCUAGUGCAAGUGAAGAAACGUCUAUGUUGAGAAAAAAUGGUGGAGUGGAACAAUGCAAAAACCACUAACUUAAGAGCGUAUGUGAAAUGACUACAGUGAAUGUACAGAAGGUGACAAUGAAGACCUCCAUGAACCAGACAUUAUGACAAUCUGAACAGUUUUACACACAUAUUCUGAAGCCAAGAUUAAACAUGACAUGAUUGUUUUACAUAAAAAAGAGUAAAUACCUGUACAUUUUAUGCUCACAUGUGUCCAAGUGCUGCUAUUUGUUUUCAACGCUCUGUGAUCAGAAUACUUAAGUCUCUACAUGUUCAAUGAUCAAGUCUCUGUUCAUACAGGUUUGAGUUGUGGUAUCGAUACUGUAGAUUAGUACGCAAAAAUGUUGGUGUUUUUGUUUGUACAGAAGAGAAGAGUUUUGUAGAAGAGAAAAAUGCGUGAAAAAUGCAUAAAAGUGCAUUGUGUAACUUCUCUGGUUCUCUGUCAAAUGCUUUACUCUGUGGAGAUGUUAUUGCUUUGUCUGAAAUGUUUCACAGUAUGGCAUUAAACCUUGCUAACUUCACGAAGAUCAAACCAGACCAAGUUACAGGUCAGAUCUGCGGAGAGGCGAUCCCACUCACACUUAGAAUGCCUGUUUUUUGAUUGAAAAAAUGUAUGGCAGAGCUGUUUAAUGUCAUAAUGUGGAACAUUCCAGGAAGAGCAAUGACAUAUCCAUAGAAACAAGCAGGUGAUGGACCAGAAAACCAAAAAGUUACACAGUGCACCUUUAAAUACUACAUGAAGGAUUUAAGAUUGCACUGUUUCAUGGGAUUGUUACCUUUAUGUCUCACACCGCCUGGCAGUACUCUCAUUUUUAAAAAAGUAAUCUUAAAAAACAUUUGCCUUCUCUCCAUUCUGCACAGACAUUUGGAGGCGUCCAUGCACAGUUGCACAGUUUUUUCCUUUUUGAUAAUAUUUUCUUUAGGUACUGUUGUGUGUAGAAGUUUGUUUUUUUUGAUGGGUUGGAAGUGUAUUUAUCUAAUUUUAUUUCAGACUAAAUUAUGUUCUUCAGUUAAUUUUUAGGUUUUUAUCUGAUGCAAAGUUUUUUUAAGUAGUAAUUUUAAUUAAUUUUUUUUUACAUACCAUGACAACUUGUGUUACUUCAGAGGCAUGAAAGACCAACCACCUAAUGCGUGUAAUGUGUUACACAACAGAAGGACUCUAAUUGCUAAAGUCACCCUGUGCUCUAUUGUUGAUGCUUGCCUUUUUUUCAAUGAGCUCUUCUUGCGCGAAAACACUUUUAACAACUAAUGCUUGGGAAUGAGAAAUUCAGAUCUCUUAAAGGUCCUAUAUUAUGCAAAAUGGACUCUAGUGAGCUUUAAGCCAUGUUAUAAUGUUGUCACCUCUUCAAAAACAGACCUGGAGUUGUGUUUUGUUUGAGUAAAUCUUUAUUGUUAGUCUGUCUACAUCUCCAAAACUCACUAUGCUCUGUUCCACCUUGUCAUGAUGCAGUAGUUUUCAAGUUAACAGCUUCUUUUACAUUUUCUGUAAUAGAGAUUGGCAGCUCCAGGUCUGAAAUGAUCCAGAUGAUUCUAGUGAAGGUGCAAGAUGGAACAUUGUUUUCUAUUUGAGAGAAGAACUCAGCCUAAAUAUGCAGGAUUUGUGUGUUAAAUGUGUGUGACUGAUACAAAACACAACUCCAGGUAUGUUUGUGAUGAGGAAACAUUAUAACAUAAAUCAAAAAAUAGUGUAAUAUGGGUCAAUAGUCAGCGUAGCAGCAACAAAAAGUUACAGGACGAUGAAGAUAUGUUUCGGCCUUGCAGUUAUGUCCAAUUGUUUAAAUCAUUCUCUGUUUUUGUCUCAAAUUUUUGUUCUCUGGUAAUCUCAGGUUCUUCUCAAUACCGAUCCUUUCUCAAGUAAAUUUUGCACCACUAUGCCAUUAAGUUAAACAAAAAAAAAAAGCUUUAUACAAUUAGUUGUAGAAUAGGUUUAACUGUGAAACUACUUGAAAGUAAAAGUAUUCAGCAAAGCCUGUGGCCUAAAGUGUUCUUAUAGAGAAAAAGACAAAUUUGUUACAAUUAUGACAUUGCUGGCCAAUGGUGGAGGACAUCUUGAAUUAACUUGAUGUUGUUUAGGUUAAUGAUGUACUGUCUGCAUGUGUGCAAUGUAUGCUUUUAUUCAACUGUAUAGAGCACUAAUCACUUAAACAUAUUCAUUAAAACAUGAGUCCCAAAGGCUGGACUGGACUGUGUAAUAUUGUACUUAGAAAACCUGAUGGACAGAAUAAAAGGUUAUUAAAAACUC